ACGAAAACUGUCCAUUUUCUGUUUAUGAAAGCAAGGAAGGAACCAAGAGACCAAGUUGUUAAGACGAUGAUGCGUCGUCAUCUAUUUUCUUGGAAUAUUAUCCCAUAAAUCAUCAUGACUGGUGUUUCAUACAGCCUGGAAGGAAUAGUUUACUUAGUAAGUACUACAGUUUGAUUUGAACCGAUCUUGGCGACAUAACAGCAGCCAUUUCCACCACAUCAAGUCGUCGUCUAAGGCUUUGAAUAAUUAUUUUGAAGGGCAAACUUGCUGAAUGUUGGGUCGUUUGCUGCCUUUGCCUUUAUAUAAACAAAUUCAACCAAAUCUGCAAAAUCAACUCCUCUCUUUUCUUCCCUCAAAUGUCCAGCCAGGCCAGGCUACACCACUUGUUCCGAAGAUUCUCCCUCAGAAGAACCUUCCUUCCUUCGACAGUUUUGAUUAGCAUCAGGAUUUUGGGAAAUGCAUGUUGUUUAAUGGUACUACAUGGAACAUUACCAAUAGCAACUCUUAAAGUGUUUGAGACAACAGUGAAUUAUUGUACGUGUAUUUAACAAAUUUAAACAACAAGUAAAAUUUGUUUUGAAUAUUAGAUUCAUACAUCAGCAGUGACAUCGGGUUGUAGUCCUUCAAGAUUUUGUACUUAAUUUUUAACAGAUUUAUUCGGUAAUUAUUUGUAAACAAUUGUGUGCUAAGAGUUGUGAAUUGAACACAUUGUCAUUACAGAACAGGACAGGAAAAAAGGCUAAAAUGAAUCCAGGACAUUCUUUAGAAUUUCCUUUGAAAAGUGAAACUGAAGGUGCAUUAUCACUACCUUCCAUAAAUCAAGAAAACAGCAACUUGGCUGCCUUUAGUGGAACCAGUGAUGAAGACUUUUUGUCUCUGGAUCCAUUGAUGGACAUCAAAAUAGAACCAGAGGAAUCUGUGAGUCUAAUGAAGAUGAUAAAUAUUCAUAUGAAAUUAAUUCAACAGUGAGUGAAAAACAUCCACAAACUUGCAAAAAGGAAGUAAAACAAGAAAGAAGAAAUAGUCAUAAUGGAGAGAAGCCUUUCAGAUCAAUUGACUGUGGGAAAGCAUUUUAUAAGAAAAUUAAUCUUACAAAUGAUAUUACAAAUCCUACCAGAGAGAAAUUCAUGUGCAAUGACUGUGGGAAAGCAUUUUCCUUGAAACAUGAUCUUAUAGUUCAUAUGAGAAUCCAUACAGGAGAGAAGCCAUUCAAGUGCAAGGAAUGUGGGAAAGGAUUUGCCCACAAACAACAUCUUCAACUUCAUAUGAGAAGCCAUACUGGAGAGAAGCCAUUCAUGUGCAAAGAAUGUGGGAAAGCAUUUUCCCAGAAAAUAAAUCUUAUAGUUCAUAUGAGAUUGCAUACUGGAGAGAAGCCAUUCAUGUGCAAUGAAUGUGGGAAAGCAUUUUCCCAGAUAUCAAAUCUUACAAGUCAUAUGAGAUUGCAUACUGGAGAGAAAACAUUUAUGUGCAAAGAAUGUGGGAAAUCAUUUUCCCAGAAAUCAAGUCUUAUACAUCAUAUGAGAUUUCAUACUGGAGAGAAGCCACAUAUGUGCAACAAAUGUGGGAAAGCAUUUCCCCAGAAAUCAAAUCUUACACUUCAUUUGAGAUUGCAUGCUGGAGAGAAACCAUUUAUGUUGGCCAAAGAAUGUGAGAAAUCAUUUUCCCAGAAAUCAAAUCUUACACAUCAAUAUGAGAUUCAUACUGGAGAAAAGCCAUAUAUGUGCAACGAAUGUGGGAAGUCAUUUCCCCAGAAAUCAAAUCUUACAAGACAUAUGAGAAUCCAUACGGGAGAGAAACCAUUCAUAUGCAAGGAAUGUGGGAAAUUAUUUUCACGGAAAUCAGGUAUUACAGUUCAUAUGAGAAUCCACACUGGAGAGAAACCAUUCAUAUGCAAGGAAUGUGGGAAAGCAUUUUCCAAGAAAUCAAAUCUUACAAGUCAUAUGAGAAUCCACACUGGAGAGAAUCCAUUUAUAUGCAACGAGUGUGGGAAAGCAUUUUCCCACAAAUGGAGACUUACACAUCAUAUGAGGUUGCAUACUGGAGAGGAAAAAGAAACAACAUGAUAAAAUAAACCAGUUAAAACAGAGAUCUCUCAAAUGACCAACUAUAUGAGAGAUCAAAAUCACUCACAAAAUCUGCUCAAGAAAAUAAGGUAAAUAACGAAAAAAUACAGAAUAAGGGAUGAACAAGUGAGUGGAAAACUGGCAGAACACCAAGCCAACAUAAAGGCCCUAGCUUCACAAAUAGGAAACAAACAACAGAAGAUAAAAGUAAAACAGAUAAAUAGGCAGUUUGGUGAAAAUGACGAAAGAAACAGUGGAGGUAUGAACACCACCGAGCAAGGAAGACCUAGAGAGAUUUUGGAAGCCACUGUUUGAAGACCCUAGACAACACCAAGAGAAUUCAUGGAUUGACACCAUUAGGCACAAGAACAGCCGGAAACAGCAAAUGCCACCAGUAAGGUUCACCAUCGAAAAAGGUAAACAAAGAAAAUAAAAGAAUAUAAUAAUUUCAAGAUAACAGUAAUAGCAAGACCCCAAUUUCUGGCUAAAAAGAUCACAGCACUACCUCACACUUAUGCACAAGCCUUUUCAAGAGUGGCUCAAGCAAGAAAUACCAACCUUCUCCUUAAAAGCUCAGAGACUGAGCUCCCAAACAAAUAUAGGCCCAUCUGCUGCCUACCAACACCCUACAAAUGGCUCACAGGAG